CAGACGGUGGCGGAGGCUCCUGCAGCGGUGGCCGCUGGGGUUGUUUGGGUCUUUCUUAAGCCCCUCUAGUCCGGCCUUUUCGGCAUUCGGCUCCUGCGCCGGCUCACCUCUUGGCGCCAUGACCACCACCACCACCUUCUCGGGUGUCGACCCCAACAGCAGAAACAGCUCCCGGGUUUUGCGGCCUCCAGGUGGUGGAUCCAACUUUUCGUUAGGCUUUGAUGAACCAACAGAACAACCUGUGAGGAAAAACAAGAUGGCCUCUAACAUCUUUGGGACACCUGAAGAAAACUCUCCUUCUUGGGCCAAGUCGGCAGGUGCCAAGUCUAGCAGUGGCAGAGAAGAUUUAGAAUCAUCUGGAUCCCAGAGAAGAAACUCUUCUGAAGCAAACUCUGGAGACUUCUUAGAUCUGAAGGGAGAAGGAGACAUUCAUGAAAAUGUGGACACAGACUUGCAAGCCAGCCUGGGGCACAGUGAAGAGAAGCCUGUGCCUGCUGCCCCUGUGCCCAGCCCGGUGGCCCCUGCCCCGGUACCAUCCAGAAGAAAUCCCCCUGGGGGCAAGUCCAGCCUCGUCUUGGGUUAACUGAGACUGUCCUUCCUGAACUCUGUCGUUUUGUUUGUUUGUUUUCUCCAUGCUUGUGAACUGCACAACUUGAGCCUGACUGUACAUCUUUUGGAUUUGUUUCAUUAAAAAAGAAGCACUUUA